GACAAUUUGCAUGCUUUCCGUCCAGUUGAAUACAKUACCUUACUUGUUCAGCAGGCAUUGGCAACGAGGGAGCCUUGCAAUAAGUAGAUCGYCUGGAUUUUUCUUUGUUGGUGUUGCUACUAGCAUUAGGAAAGGAGAAYAAAACCAGCCGACUUCUUGAAGAUGCUGAAAUUUUCGAAMCGCCGUCGCUCGUUAAAGRAGCAAAGAAUGGGAUAUUMUAGUUUCAUGAGAACGGUCGCCUCGAUAUAUKUCGUGGCAAGUUCGUUGACAAUAGUGCAUGGAUUUGUAACGCAUCAUGUCAUYCAGCAAAGACAGAUUUGCCAAUUCUCGCCUUCGUUGCCAUCGUUGUCGACAGACACUUCUCUGGCCAGCGUAAAAGAGGAGGGUGUUCUCGAYCGUUUCACGAGUCCGAAGAUUGACGAUCCCGUGCUUCCUUUGACCGAGGCCGGAAUCGCGCAGGUCGUGGCCCCGACUUUUCAAUUGAUCUGGUUGUCAUCCGCUAAAUCCGCUUUUCCUUCUUGGACUACUCCUAUCUACGACUAUACAUUCGUUCCGCGAGGAGCCCUCUUGGCUCCCACCCUAGUUCACGGAGCAGGACUCGCUUGCUGCUGGAUUCUGGGGUGUCUAGCGGUAAARGGUUACGAAAGAGAAACAUAUGAGGCAGAGCUUCCACAGGUGGUUUUGUCGACACUUAAAGCGGGAGCAUUCGCCUGUGGACUCCUCAUCAUGGGUACGCAAAUAGAUCUGUACCAAGAAAUGGGAGGCUAUGUUCAAUUUGGAGAUUCUCCCGAAACGGAUUUGAGAAUAAACUUAGCCCUGAUUGAAAUUAUCAACGAYAUUUUCUUUGAGGCUACCACUCUCUUGGCGUGGCGAGUACUACGYUCAAGAAUUGAUGGAUUGUAGAGAAGAGAAGCUUUGCUUUAAUCUAAUGACAGGCACGGAUUCAUUUGCUUAAGUUUCAGUCAGCGCUGAUUUAUUAAAAUGAAAAAAWUUUCUACCUCGUCAUUCUCGUUCUUCGCCGUCGCCGCACGCUACUGUGUUGUGGUGGUAGAUAUUGUUCGCUUCCGUUGUCACCUGCAACAUUUUCACCGCUUACURGAAUUCUAACAUCGUGAUCAAUUGAAAAAGUUUUGCCAACAGCAAAAUCAGCUGACCACGCCAAAAGCAUUCCCCAUGCAUCGUCUAAAUCUGAUGCAUGUGUUCGAAUUGUAUCAAAGAAUCCACUUUUAUGGUGGUGACUGUGACAAGUUCGCCAUCGUUUCACCACCGCCGAAUCCUUGAAGAGAACAUAAAAAGAAGACGACAAA